UGACUGCCACGUUAGGUCCGACAGUGACGCAAGAGAUGACGUCACCAACACUUUCCAGCGACAUUGUCCAGUGCAUUACGACAUCGCAGUGUAUGAUCUCAUCUUCUAAUAUGACGUCACUGAGUCAUGAACAGGAAGUGGACAUGAUGACGUCAUCUGCAUUUCUUUUAGACGAAAUGUCCAACUUCGUCUCGACGAGAUCUCACAUGAACUUAACCAACUUACUAACGAACUUUGCUCAGAUCAUUGACGUCACCCUACAGGUGUGUAUUGUCAACAGCAGUGCUUGUACACAGCAGCAAACUCUGAGGAUGAUAUCCAGGGCUGAACGAUUCCUUGACGGCGUCAUGAAGGUCAAGGGUGCUGACAUACAACAGGACUUCUCGCUGACUCUAGACAACAUUGAUAUUUUCGUCACCCAGUCUGUGUAUGGAGAGGUGGCAGGCAGGAAGUUGGUGCUGAAGACUGGCACAGUUUCCAUCGAGGACAUUUCAGUAGAGGACGGUACCAACACAUCAGCUCCUGCCGUCGUCUCUGCUGUGAUUUUAAACCUGCCCAGAACCAGCGUCUGGCUGUCACGUGAUGGCGGUGAGCUAGAGGAAGCGUCACUGGUCAGUCGGGUCCUGUCCCUCUCAGCCUGUGUGGACCAGACCAAGGCCAGCAUCUCACACAACUUCUCUCUGAUGGCAUCGGCGGACAACUUCCAACGGCUGGAACCUGUGUGUGGCUUUCAAACAGACAACAAAAGCCGAGACAUCUGGGAUACUUUUGGCUGUCGUCUGCUGAACCACACAGGUGACGCUGUCCAGACGACAGGAUGUCACGUGGUACCAGACGGGAACAACUGCAGCCAGCCAUCUCACGCGGUGGACUGUCAGUGCAACCACACGACCAACUUCGCCAUCUUGAUGCAGAUCGUAGACUUCCAGCUGAGUGUGAGUGACGAGCUAGUGCUCAGCAUCAUCACCUACAUAGGUUGUGGUGUGACCUUGGUGACCCAGGUCAUGGCUAUAACAGUUUUUACCUGCAUCCGGUCACUGAACUCGGAGCGCGUGUGUGUCCAUAGAAACCUGUGUAUCUCCAUCAUGGCCGCCCAGCUGACCUUCAUAUGCGGGAUCAAGGCCGUCAGCAACAAGCUGCAGUGCGCCAUUGUGGCUCUGUGCCUGCACUACUUCUACACGGCCUCCUUCGUCUGGAUGCUGGUGGAGGGCAUUCACCUCUACAACCAGGUCGUCACUGUCUUCGGCACCGAGAGGUCAAGGACGGUCUACUACAUCGUCUUCGGCUGGGGUGUCCCUGUAAUAUUGGUGGCCAUAUCAGCUGCUGUUGACUGGGAGGGCUAUGGCACGGCCUACAGCUGUUGGCUGUCUGUGCAGCGGUCAACUAUCUGGGCCUUUGUCAGCCCCGCCAUCGCUGUGAUUAUUGUGAACCUUGUCAUCCUGGUCCUGGUACUGAGGAUUGUCGUCAACUCGUCCACCAAACACGAAGAUUUGAAUCACAUCAAAGCCGGCAUCAAGGCCAGCCUCUUCCUGACACCUCUGCUAGGGUUAACUUGGACAUUCGGCAUCGUCGCUGUCAACAAACAACUCGUCGCUUUCCAGUACAUCUUCGCCAUCCUCAACUCUUUACAGGGAUUUUUCAUCUUCUUUUUCCAUUGCGCUUUAAAUUCAGAGGUCCGACAGUCCAUCAAGAGACUCCGGAAGAGGCGGGCGCUGCUCAAUGAAGAGUUCCGCUCGUCCGUGUCCACCCAAGGUCGCCCGUCCGUGUCCACCCAAGGUCGCCCAUCCUCUGGUGAUUCGCGGUCGUCUGAUAUGACUCCAGUUACGUUCGUCCAAAAUUUGGUGAAAAAACACAACAAAGUCGGCAGCUCGUUAAAAGACUGUUAGACAGGUGCAUCACUGGGAGGAACAGAAAGCUAAUUACAGACCAUGUAUGGGAAAGUUUUCCAGAAAAUCUGUGUGGUGAAACUUUUCCAGAGAUUUUGUGUGGCGGAAAGUUUUCCAGAAACUUUGUGUGGGGGAAAGUUUUCCAGAAACUUUGUGUGGAGGAAAGUUUUCCAGAAACUUUGUGUGGGGGAAAGUUCGCCUGAGACUUUGUGUGGGGAAGGGAUGUGUGGGUGUGGACCACGUGACCAUGCGGAGAGCCAGCACGUGGAAGCCCACGAAACGUGAACUGU